AUGAGCAUCCUGCAUGUUGACGGGCUGUUGAAAUUCAGCACCGUGAAGAUCCUGGUCUUGGUCUUGGUCUGUCUACACCUCUGAGAGGGUGUGGAAAGAAUCAUUCUGAAGAAAGGCAAGUCUAUCCAUCAGGUGAUGGAGGAGCACAGUGCACUGGAGAAAUUCCUAAAGAACCUCCAAAAGGUUGACCCAGCUGCCAACCACCAUUUCAAUGAAGACACUGUUGCUUAUGAGCCCAUCACCAACUACCUGGAUUGGAAAACUUUUCUUUGCAGUCUUUAUUUUGGGGAGAUCAGCAUUGGGACACCACCCCAAGAUUUCCUGGUCCUCUUUGACACGGGCUCCUCCAACCUGUGGGUACCCUCCACCUACUGCCAAAGCCAGGCCUGCUCCAGUCACCACAGGUUCAACCCCAACCUGUCCUCUACCUUCAGAAACAAUGGGCAAACCUCUACUUCAUCCUAUUGGAGUGGCAGCCUGACUGUGGUCCUAGGCUAUGACACUGUGACUCUGAGUGAUAUUCUCUUAGCUUCCCAGGUACAGAACAUCGUUGUCAAUAACCAGGAGUUUGGCCUGAGUGAGGAUGAGCCCAGCAAUCCCUUUUACUAUUCAGACUUUGAUGGGAUCCUGGGAAUGGCCUACCCAAAUAUGACAGUGGGGAAUUCUCCUACGGUCCUGCAGGGGAUACUGCAGCACGGCUAGCUCACUCAACCCAUCUUCAGCGUCUGCUUCUCUCGCCAACCAACGCAUCAGUAUGGAGGAGAGCUUAUCCUGGGAGGUGUGGACACUCAACUUUAUUCUGGUCAGAUCACCUGGACUCCUGUAACCCAGGAAGUGUGCUGGCAGAUUGCCAUCCAGGAGCUUGCCAUUGGUAACCAGGCCACUGACUGGUGCUCCCAGAGCUCCCAGGCCAUUGUUGACACUGGGACCUUCCUGCUGGCUGUUCCCCAGCAGUACAUGAGCUCUUUCCUGCAGGCAACAGGAGUUCAGAAGGAUCAGAAUGGUGAUUUUGUGGUCAACUGCAACUAUGUACAGAGCAUGCCCACCAUCACCUUCGUCAUCAGCGGGAACCAGUUCCCUCUGCUUAUGUCUUUGAUGUACAACAAUGGCUACUGCAGACUUGGGAUUGAGGCCAUCUACUUGCCGUCCUCUAGUGGGCAGCCCUUGUGGAUUCUGGGAGAUGUCUUCCUCAAGAAAUAUUACUCUGUCUACAACAUGGCCAACAACAGGGUGGGCUUCACCCUCUCUGCCUAGACUCGCUGGAGGCAUCAGUCUCCACCCUUCUCUGCAGGGUUCUGGAAUUGCCCUAAUGUUUCUUUGGGCUGAUGGCAACAUUUUUAAUGAUCCUGACCCCUUCUGUUCACUAGAGGCUUACU